GAUAGAACAAGUAAAAAUAAUUAACAGCGGCAAUGCAUCUUAAAUGUUUGUAAAAUUAUCUUAUCAGUAGUUAUUGUGAUAUUUGUCAAGUGAUUAAUAGGAUAUCAAAAGAGAUUGCGAAAUUCAAUUAAAAAUAAAUCUAUCGAUAUCUAUUUGGUUUAUUGAAAGGAGAGAGAAUCAUUAUUGUUUGCAAACGUUCUAUUAAUUCGACAAAGAUUUAUGUGGUGACAUCUAAGUCCGACGCAAUUUUCCGUUAUUUCUUUAAGUCAAUUAACUUUUAUUAAAAUGCUAACUCAAACAUAUUUAUUCUAAUAAAAAAGUGAGUAAAUUAAAAAUUGAUCAUCAGCAUCGUAACAAAAGAUCGUUUACGAUCAUCAGAGCGUGAAGUAUGGAACAGUAUGAGCAGGAAAAUGUUGCCAAUCCGAAAGAGAAGGCGAAUGUAUUCUCGGUGCUGACCUUCUGGUAUACGAUCAAAAUGUUUAAAAAAGGCUACAAUAAAGUGCUUGAAGUAAAUGACCUUUUUGUACCUAUGAAGGCUGAUGAAAGUAGUGGAUUAGGCGAUCGUUUAGAAAAAAAUUGGAUGCAACAACAAAAUGGAAAGACGAAACCGUCACUAUUAAAAGCAAUUGUAAAAACAUUUUGGCGAGAAUAUGCAUUUCUUGGAUUUAUGCAAUUUUUCAAUGACAUCGUGUUGAGAUUAAGUCAGCCACUGUUUCUUGGAUGGCUUCUAAAAUACUUCAGCCCAGAUUCACAAACAACACGCGAUGAAGCAUUUAUUUAUGCGGGCAUAUUAGUUGCAUUAAGUGCUAUUAGUGCAAUAACAAUUAAUCAAUUUCUUCUCUCCUCGUUUACAAAUGGAAUGAAAGUGCGACUAGCAACAUGUUCAUUAAUAUAUAGAAAAUCGUUGAAAUUGUCGACCACAGCGUUAGGAAAUACGAGCGUCGGCAAGGUCGUUAAUUUGUUGUCAAAUGACGUUUCAAGAUUCGAUAUCGUCAGCGUUUUUCUUCAUAGUAUGUGGAUGGCUCCACUGCUUACAAUUAUUGUUGGAAUUUUACUCUACCGUGAAGCAGGCAUCCCAGGUUUGAUUGGAAUGGUUGUCAUUGCCAUUGUCACGCCAAUUCAAUCUUAUACUGGAAAACUCUCAUCAAUCUUUCGAUAUCAAACCGCAUUAAGAACUGACGAACGUGUUAGACUCAUGGAUGAAAUUGUAAAUGGAAUUCAAGUAAUUAAAUUGUAUGCUUGGGAAAAACCUUUUAAGAAACUCAUUCACUAUGCACGUGACAAGGAAUUGAAAGUAAUUAAAAAGUCGUCUUAUGUUCGUGCAUUGUACAUGACAUUUAUGCUGUUUACAACAAGAUCUGCCUUAUUUUGUACGAUGAUGGCAACCGUUCUAUUGAAAGAUGAUUUGACAGCUAGCAGAGUUUUUGUAAUGUCUUCUUAUUUUGCGAUAAUUUCAACUGUUAUGAGUCAAAUGUUUGUACGUGGUAUUGCGGAAAUUGCUGAAGCUCUUGUUGCAAUGAGAAGAUUGCAAAAUUUCUUAGAAUAUGAUGAAAAGGAAGAAACAAAUCUUCCAAAAGAGAAGGAAAAACUGAUGAACGAAUUUCAUAUGAACGGAGAAGGAAUUGAAAAAGAAUUGUUGAUAAAUUCGCAAUCAACUCUCGCACCUGAUGUUGCUUUGUCUCUACGUAAUGUUAGCUGUCGAUGGAAGACUGUUGAAGAAACUUUAAAAUUGCCAGAAAAAGAUAAAAAGAGAGAAAAAUUGAAAAAUCUUAAAGAAAUUCCAAAAGUUUCUGAAGACGAAAAUAAAUUUGACGAAGCAAACGAAGAUAAAUUGACAUUAAAUAAUGUUUCAUUGGAAGUAAGGAAAGGAAUUCUUGUUGGUAUUCUGGGACAUGUUGGAAGUGGAAAAAGUAGUUUAUUACAGACAAUUUUAGGCGAACUGCCAACAGAGGCUGGAUCAUUGGCUAUUAAAGGUAAUCUUUCUUUUGCCACACAAGAGCCGUGGGUCUUCUCGGGUUCUGUCCGUCAAAAUAUUCUCUUUGGACAAGAAAUGGAUAAAGAACGUUAUGAAGAUGUCGUUAAUGCUUGUGCCUUAAAGAAAGACUUUGAAAUGUUUCCGUUUGGUGAUCAAACAUUAAUUGGUGAACGUGGAAGUUCAUUGUCUGGUGGUCAAAAGGCGAGGGUCAGUCUCGCUAGAGCUUUAUAUAGAAAAGCUGAUAUUUAUUUGUUAGACGAUCCAUUAUCAGCUGUUGACGCUCAUGUUGGUAAACAUUUGUUCGAUCAAUGUCUAGCAGCUCAAGGAUUUUUGGGAAAGGAAAAUGCAACAAGAAUUUUGGUGACACAUCAAGUUCAUUUCUUGAAAAAUGCUAAUUGGGUGGUCAUAAUGAGUGAUGGGAAGAUUGAACGACAAGGACGUGCAGAAGACUUAGCAAAUGCUGGCAUUGACUUUAUGAAAAUUGCUGAGGAAACUGAAGUUGAAGAAACCAGAAGAAGAUCAUUGUCACGUGCAUCUUCACGAUCUUCAGAGUCAGUUAGCAGUUCCACAGCUGUCAUGGAAGAAAAACCAGCAGAAAAGGAAUUCGACAAACAAAGAAAUGUCGAAGAAAUGUCAAAAGGAAAAGUCAAAGGAAAUGUGAUGAUAAAUUAUUUGAAAGCUGGCGGAAAUUUUUGUAAAAUUGGAUUUUCAAUGUUUCUAUUUGGACUCACUCAAACGAUAGCAUCAAUGUCGGACUUUUGGGUUGGUUAUUGGACGAAUCAAGAAGAAAUGAGAAAUGUUAUGUUGACGACUACUCGAAAAAAUAACGAAACUUUUGAUUAUGAUGAUGAUAGCUCUUUAAGUAUGCCAGGAAAUGAAACAAUGAAUCUCAAUAACACCAAAACUGAACCAAUUACCACUGAAAUUCUUCCACAAGAAACUUUAGUUUAUGUUGGAGGAUUCUUAAUUGGAGCUUUGUUUGUGUUUGCUAUCGCUCGAUCAAUAUUUUUCUAUACAAUUACUGUCGGAGCGUCAAGAAAUCUUCAUAAAAUGGCGUUCAAUGGAAUAAUUUCAACAAAAAUGAGAUUCUUUGAUUUAAAUCCCUCUGGAAGAAUCUUAAAUCGAUUCAGCAAAGAUUUGGGAUCAAUUGAUGAAUGGCUGCCAAAAUGUCUUCUUGAUGCUGCACAAGUUAUCUUAAUGGCAAUUGGUGCGAUUGUCGUUACUGCAUUUAUAAAUCCAUUAUUUAUGAUUCCUUUGGGUUUGCUCUUCAUUGUUUUUAUCUACAUUCGUCGAUAUUAUUUAAAGACUUCGAAGAACAUUAAACGACUUGAAGGAAUAACAAAAUCUCCAGCUUUUGUUCAUCUUGCUGCAACUAUCAAUGGAUUAGCAACUGUAAGAGCUUUUGGUGCUCAAGAGAUUUUGAUUAGAGAGUUUGAUCAACAUCAGAAUCUCCACACUGGAGCUUGGUUUAUGUACAUUACAGCAUCUCAAGCUUUUGGGUUUGCUUUAGACGUUCUCUGUAUGAUUUUUGUUGUUUGUGUUACAUUUAGCUUCCUUCUUUUUGACACUCGUGAGUUUAAUGGAGCAUCAGUUGGUUUAGCCAUAUCACAAUCUAUGGGACUCACUGCAAUGCUUCAAUGGGGUAUUCGACAGAGUGCUGAGGUCAUGAAUCAAAUGAUGGGAGUUGAACGAGUACUCGAAUAUAGAGAUCUUGAAAACGAGCAAAGAGAAGUCACAAAAGCUGUUGACAAAUCUUGGCCUCAAAAAGGCAAAAUUAAGUUUAAUAACGUCACAUAUCGAUACUCAAAAGAAAUGGAACCUGUGUUGAAAGGUGUCACAUUUGAAGUUAAUGAAUGUGAAAAAAUUGGCAUUGUUGGUCGUACCGGAGCUGGAAAAUCAUCAUUAAUCGGUUCACUCUUCCGAAUGGCUGAGAUCGAAGGGGAAAUAAUAAUUGACAACAUUGACACAUCAAAGAUAGACGUUGAACAAUUACGUUCAAAGAUUUCGAUCAUACCACAAGAUCCGGUUUUAUUUUCGGGAACCAUGAGAAAGAAUUUAGACCCCUUUGAUGAAUAUUCCGAUGAUCAUCUGUGGGAAGCACUUGAAGAAGUGAAACUCAAAGAUAUUCCCGCAUUGCAAGUGCAAGGUCUUCAAACACUUGUCGCUGCUGGGGGCAUUAACUUUUCUGUUGGUCAACGGCAAUUAACUUGCCUUGCUCGAAGUUUAUUGCGUAACAAUCGAAUCUUGGUUCUUGACGAAGCAACUGCUAAUGUUGAUCCUGAAACUGACGCUUUGAUUCAGGAAACAAUACGUGAGAAGUUUAAGGACUGUACGGUGAUGACAAUCGCCCAUCGACUACACACUGUCAUGGAUAGUGACAAAAUUCUUGUAAUGAAUUUUGGAAAUGUUGAAGAAUUUGAUACGCCAAUAAACUUACUCGAAAUUCGAGGCGGAAUAUUCUCAGAAAUGGUGAAGGCAACGGGACUUUCAGAAUCAAAAAAUUUAACAUUAUUGGCAAAAAAAAAUAUUUAGAAAAUUAAGUGGAAAAAAGUCGUUUUAGAUUAGAUUAGAAUUGGAUGAAAUAUCCAAUCGGUCAAACGCCUUAAGAGCUUUAAAUUCUAAACAAAUAUGAAUCAAUUAAAAUAACUAUUUUUGUAUUAAAUAUUACAACGUACAUAAUUAGUAUGUAAAAAAAUAUUCGGUUAUCUUACUUAUAGUACAACAAAAAUCUUCUGACAUUUAUCAAAAGAUUUCAUAAUUUUGAUUAUUUACAAACGGUUAUCAAUUUGUUUACUCUGAAAAUAAAUAAAGAUGAUUAUUGUCAAAACUU